AUGUCAAUGAAACACUUGAAGACAUCACUCGAGACCUCAGAUGAAGAGGGCGGAGACAUUCAACAGCCACAAAUUUACGCGAAGAACUCAAUGGACAGAUUCGGUGAUGACUUGUGUGCACUUCUCUUGUCUUACCUCCCAUUCAAAGACCGAUUCCGUUGCGAAUGUGUGUCCAAACAGUUCCAGAGAACUGUCUUCGGGAGUGUUGUCCACGUCAUACUUCACAAAGCAUUCAUUUCAUUUGACACUCAAUUGUUGGCCACAAUCGCCAAAAAGUGUCCGAAUAUUCAGACCAUUGAAUGUCGAGUAAUAGGAAACAAAUACGAAGAACUGAUUCCCGAAUUGUUGUCCAUAUUUCGAGACAAUUGCCGACAUUUGCGGCACAUUUACUGCAAUUUACGUGAAAACAGCGACCAAUUGUGCCUUCCGUUCGGACCACUUGUCACACAAGUCGGUAGCGUUUCGUUUGACAACAAACGCUCACUCAUUCUUUGCCACCGAUUGUCUCAUUUAGUGAUUCACUCGCUGUACGACGCCUUCGACUACUUUCCCGGACGACAAUUAGUGGCCAAAAAUUUGCAGAGUUUAGCGUUUUAUAACUUUAGCGGCCACAGCAAUGACCAGUUGUCCGCAUUAGUGGCCGGCAAUCAGUCCAUUAGAUGUCUUAAAUUAGUGAAUAGAUUGCAGUCGAGACUCACUCCCGAGACACUGACCGAAAUGUGCGGCCAAUUGUCACGAUUAACACAAUUACGGCGAUUGACACUCGAGUUAAGGCUGAACGACAACGAGAACUCUCUGAACAACUCUUUGCGGACAAUCGGUGAAAAGUGUUGGCGAUUACAGCGAUUGACUCUCGAGUUGUUUAUGAGAGACGAACCACUCGAAGGCCAACCACUCGAAGGCCAACCAAUCGAUGCGUUGAAAUAUUAUCGCCGAUUAAAACGAUUGCAUUUAACACUCGAUCCGGUGUUCGGCCAGAGAUUACUGGAACCGCUGAAACUCUGCCACCGAUUAACGCAUUUAACAAUUUGGUUACACACGAAGAAUGAUAAGACAUCUGUCGAUCAAUUGCUGGACAAUAAUUGCGGUAAUUAUUGGCCGCGACUUCAAUACCUAUACAUUAGGUUCAAUGAGUUCGGCGGCCAGUGUUUGGAUCACAUCCCGAGACUACCGGCGCUGCAAACGCUUGUCUUCCACUGCCGUCAAGACAUUGGUCUCAAUGAUAAUGAAUACUCGGAUCUGUUGUCCAGAAAUAUGGCCCAACAGUUGACACAAAUGAUGGCAUCACUCGAGAUCACGGAUGAAAACAAUGAAGACAACAUUCAACAGACGCAAAGUGGACCUGCAAUGGAUUUACACCACUAUCACCCGGGGAUCAGCUCUUAUGAGCACUCGCUUAAGACAAACCGCACAAUAAUACACAAUUAA